AUGAGUCGUAUAGUAAGACAAUUAUCACGUGAUCUGACCUUGGUGGUGUGUGUCUGGGAAGCUCCGGCUGUGGAACUUUAUUCCAGUCCUUCGUGUCACAUGGCAGUGUUCGACAUCAAUCGCUGGUACCACUCACAGAUGCCCCCAAGUGUGAGGGAUGCGAUGUACGGCAGCAAGGAUCCCACGUGUCCUUUCUUAUCCGUCUAUUCACUCGCUGAUGUGUUGGAUACUGCAACACCGGAUGCUCUUGUUGAUGUGUCUGUUCGGCCGAAUGAAAUAACAAGAUUUUCAACGACUUACGGAGCUCUACCUGAACAAUUCUUUUGGGCGUCUUCCUUGACAUUUGAUGUCGCGUGCUUGAUGUGA